AUGGCCGAAACACUUCUAGCAUUCAAAGCUGGCCGGGCAUUUCGACGAGAAGGCACCAAGUUUGUCGAUGCAGACGCUACAAAGGGCGCGAUUAUCUUGUCAAAUGGGGAGGAUGGGCUACUGCAUUUCAUUUGGAAGAAUCGAAUUACGAACGAGGUUGCUGAUGAUUUGAUUCUGUUCCCUGGCGAUGCGACUUUCUCCAAGGUCACCGAAUCUAAUGGACGGGUUUGGGUGCUCAAGUUUGAAUCGUCUGGCUCGAGGCACUUCUUCUGGAUGCAGGAUGCAGACUCUUCCCGAGACCAAGAAUUCGCUGACAACGUGAACCGACUCUUGGAAGACCCAGAAAGCGAACUCAGCUGGAACGUUAACAUCCAAUCUACCAGCGGGUCGCAAUCAACAGCUGCUCCGGCUGCAGGAAGCAGUAGCGGCGCUGGUAGCCAAUACCCGCCAGACCAACUCGCUACUCUCGCGGCUAUCCUGAGGGGUGGAGGAAGUGGAGGCAACGAUGCCGCUGCUGCUGCUGAGGAUGAAGCCUUUGCACUGACCGACGUCCUGACGCCAACUAACCUCGCACCAUUAUUCAAUAACCACCCUGAGCUCAUCCCCACAUUGUUCCCUCACCUACCAUCGGAUCUACCCGUCCCACCCUCGGCUGAAGCGCUACAGCGAGUCGUGAAUUCGACGCAAUUCAAAGCUGCGGCCGCUAGCCUAGAUCGAGCAUUACGAACUGGGCUGCUGGGUGGGUUCGUGCGGCAGUUGGGCCUCCCAGAAGAAGCGGGUCUUGGACUAGGUCCUUUCUUGAGGGCAAUCCAAGAACAGGCAGAUCACGAGAACCGAGAUUCUGGCAACAGAAUGGACACGGAUUAGAGAACGGUUCAUUAGCAGAGUGAGCUUUCUGUAUGUUAUUACUACAAUCAUAUACUACCGGCAUGCAAGUCGUGCUGAGCGUGA